AUGGCGGCCUCUGAAACGGGCAGACGAAGGUCCAAGGCUACCCACAAUGCUAAAAAGCCUCAUAUCACUGAGAUGCCCAUAACACUGCAAAACUGGUAUCAACAUAUCAACUGGCUGAGUGUUUUCUUCAUUAUCGUCGUUCCGUGCAUGGGACUUGUGGCGGCCUAUUACUGUCCACUCAAGCGCGCCACAGCCGCCUUUGCCAUUCUCUACUAUUUUAAUACUGGACUGGGGAUUACAGCAGGCAAGUACAUCAACGAAGCUUCUCUUACGAUUUACCUCGCUGCCGUUGGUGUUGGUGCGGUCCAGGGCUCUAUCCGAUGGUGGUCCAGGGGGCACCGUGCUCACCACCGCUACACCGACACAGAAAAGGACCCCUAUUCUGUGCGCAAGGGGUUCUGGUAUUCCCACCUGGGCUGGAUGGUGAUGAAGCAGAACCCCAAGCACUACGGCCGGGCCGACAUUACCGAUCUCAACGAGGACCCGAUCGUAGUGUGGCAGCAUCGAAACUAUAUCAAGGCCGUUCUCUUCAUGGGCCUCAUCUUCCCUACUCUGGUCUGCGGUUUUGGCUGGGGUGAUUGGCGCGGCGGCUUUAUCUACGCAGGCAUUCUGCGGGCGACGUUUGUGCAACAGGCUACGUUCUGCGUCAACUCCUUAGCCCACUGGUUAGGUGACCAGCCCUUUGACGAUCGCAAUUCACCUCGUGACCACGUUAUUACGGCUCUCGUGACAUUGGGCGAGGGAUACCACAACUUCCACCACGAAUUCCCGUCAGACUACCGCAAUGCCAUCGAGUGGUGGCAGUAUGACCCGACGAAAUGGGCGAUCUGGACAUGGAAGCAGCUCGGGCUGGCAUACAACCUCAAGGAAUUCAAGGCAAAUGAAAUUGAAAAGGGACGACUUCAGCAGUUGCAAAAGAAGCUGGACAUCACGCGGUCGAAGCUGGAUUGGGGCACCCCCAUUUCCCAAUUGCCCGUGAUGACUUGGGAUGACUUCAAGACCGAGUCUGCUAAAUCCGAUGGUAGGGCACUGGUGGCGAUCGCCGGCGUGGUCCAUGACGUCGCUCUCUUUGUUAAAGAGCACCCUGGUGGUAAGGCGUUCAUUGUCUCGGCCAUUGGUAAGGAUGCGACAGCUAUCUUCAACGGCGGUGUUUAUCAGCAUUCGAAUGCCGCGCACAACUUGCUAUCUACGAUGCGCGUGGGUGUUAUUUACGGAGGUGGAGAGGUGGAGAUCUGGAAGCGUGCUUACUCCGAGAAGUCGCAUGGUCUCCUCGUGCAGGAUGACAAGGGGAACCGCCUCGUACGAGCUGGGGAGCCUACCACCAAAUUGCCUCCUCCGGAGGGGGAUGUCACUGCAACUUAG